CAUUUAUAAAUCACAUAAGGCACGGAAAUUAAAACGUAAAUAUGUCUUUUGUGUUAAAUAACGCAAUUCGUCGCCAAAUUGGCGUUGUUGCCGCCAGGAACAUGUCUGGCACUGCAGCCGUAGCUGGAGAACAUUCGGGUGGCUACAAGGUCUGGAAGCGUCUGUCUUUCUUCGUGGCCAUGCCAGCUGUCGGUCUGUGCAUGCUGAACGCAUACCUGAAGCACCAGGAGGAGCACGAUCACCCCCGCCAGGAGUUCGUUAAGUACGAAUAUCUGCGUCGCCGUGAGAAGCGUUUCCCUUGGGGCGAGGGCAACAAGAGCCUGUUCCACAACCCCCAUGUUAACGCCCUGCCCGAUGGCUAUGAGCACUAAACGGCUACCUUCUUCGUAAAAGUGUCGCAAUUGCUGGUAAUUUGCCAUUGCUACUAUUAUAACAAUCGAUGUAUUUAAACAUAUUGUUAGCUGUAAUUAAUGUGGAAAUACACACAAACAGAAACACUCCCGAUAAACUUAACUAAAUAAAGAGUGACAAACUGGAUAAGCGACA